AUGAAUCAGAAAUUCAAUAUUAUCAUUUUUCAUUUACUAGUUGCAACUCGAAUAAGGCUUGAAGAAUGGAAAACAAGUGACACGUUGGUGGAGUUUGAACCUAUCGAUAGUCAAAAAAAGAACUUGACUGAACUAAACUCAAUUGCACUGAGUUGUUCAAAACACGAUUCCAUUGAAAAAUGCCGAAAUGCGACAACAUCAAGUGUGAAAUGUAUCUGGUCUGAAAAGGCUAAUAUGUGCAUUAACAGCGAUGAUAAUGAUGUUAAA